CAUGCUUCUGUGGCUGCUGAGUUGAUCUUUGUGCGAACGAAGCAGAGCGGUCGCAGUUAGCAACGGGCGAGCAGAGCCACUCCGAAAGGGAAGCGACACACCGCGGAGGAGGCAGCUUCUGGGGCCGAGCAUCUACACGUAGAGCUGCUCUACAGCGAUAGCGGUGGUCUUAAGAUGGUCACCUGGUGAGGAGUGCCAGCGGUUUUAGGGGGCGGGGCAGACAGCGCCACCCAGGUGUGCAGAGUGGGACUGCAUCCUGCCUCACAACCCAACGACCGGCUUCCCGAAGCGCCGCCGACCGAUGGACCGCGCACUCUGAGAGCAGAGCAGGACACAAGCGACCCGCGGGGUGGGGGGGUUACAACGCCCGCCGAAGCAGCAAAGGGAGGGCAUUGUUGGGUGAAAGGAGAGGACGAGGGGUAUCCGCCAUGUCGUCGAACAGGACCCAGAACCCCCACGGACUGAAACAGAUAGGCCUGGACCAGAUAUGGGACGACCUGCGGGCCGGCAUCCAGCAGGUGUACACGCGGCAGAGCAUGGCCAAGUCGCGCUACAUGGAACUCUACACACAUGUAUAUAACUAUUGUACCAGCGUCCACCAGUCCAGCCAAGGCCGGGGCUCGGUGCCGCCAACCAAGCCCUCCAAAAAGACCACCACUCCGGGUGGGGCUCAGUUUGUAGGCCUGGAGCUCUACAAGCGGCUCAAAGAGUUCCUGAAGAACUACCUGACCAGCCUGCUCAAGGACGGCGAGGAUCUGAUGGACGAGUGCGUCCUCAAGUUUUACACCCAGCAGUGGGAGGAUUACCGUUUCUCCAGCAAGGUCCUCAACGGGAUCUGCGCCUACCUCAACCGCCACUGGGUCAGACGAGAGUGUGACGAGGGGCGCAAGGGCAUCUACGAGAUCUACUCGCUGGCACUCGUGACCUGGAGGGAGUGUUUAUUCCGACCCCUCAACAAACAGGUCACAAACGCUGUGCUGAAGCUGAUCGAGAGGGAGAGGAACGGGGAGACCAUCAACACCCGACUGAUCAGCGGGGUGGUCCAGUCCUACGUGGAGCUGGGCCUGAACGAGGAGGACGCCUACGCCAAAGGCCCCACGCUGUCCGUGUACAAGGAGUACUUUGAGUGUCAGUUCCUCACCGACACGGAGCGCUUCUACACCCGGGAGAGCACGGAGUUCCUGCAGCAGAACCCCGUCACCGAGUACAUGAAGAAGGCGGAGGCUCGUCUGCUGGAGGAGCAGCGCCGCGUGCAGGUUUACCUCCACGAGUCCACCCAAGACGAGCUGGCCAGGAAGUGUGAGCAGGUCCUCAUAGAGAAGCACCUGGAGAUCUUCCACACAGAGUUCCAGAACCUUCUGGAUGCCGACAAGAAUGAAGACCUGGGCCGGAUGUACAACCUGGUCUCGCGGAUCACAGACGGUCUCGGCGAGCUGAAGAAGCUUCUCGAGACUCACAUCCACAACCAGGGCCUGGCCGCCAUCGAGAAGUGUGGCGAGGCCGCGCUCAACGACCCCAAAGUGUACGUGCAGACCACCCUGGACGUCCACAAGAAGUACAACGCCUUGGUCAUGUCCGCCUUCAACAACGACGCCGGCUUUGUCGCCGCGCUCGACAAGGCGUGCGGCCGCUUCAUCAACAACAACGCCGUCACCCGGAUGGCUCAGUCCUCCAGCAAGUCCCCAGAGCUGCUGGCCCGCUACUGCGACUCGCUGCUGAAGAAGAGCUCUAAAAACCCGGAGGAGGCAGAACUGGAGGACACGCUGAACCAAGUGAUGGUCGUGUUCAAAUACAUCGAGGACAAAGACGUCUUCCAGAAGUUCUACGCUAAGAUGUUGGCCAAGCGGCUCGUGCACCAGAACAGCGCCAGCGACGACGCCGAGGCCAGCAUGAUCUCCAAGCUCAAGCAAGCGUGCGGCUUCGAGUACACGUCCAAACUGCAGCGGAUGUUCCAGGACAUCGGAGUCAGUAAAGACCUGAACGAACAGUUCAAGAAACACCUGACCAACUCUGAGCCGCUGGACUUAGACUUCAGCAUCCAGGUGCUCAGCUCGGGCUCGUGGCCCUUCCAGCAGUCCUGCACCUUCGCACUGCCGUCUGAGCUGGAGCGGAGCUACCAGCGCUUCACGGCGUUCUACGCCAGCAGACACAGCGGCAGGAAGCUGACGUGGCUCUAUCACCUGUCCAAAGGAGAGCUGGUCACCAACUGCUUCAAGAACAGGUACACCCUGCAGGCCUCCACCUUCCAGAUGGCCAUCCUGCUGCAGUACAACACAGAGGACAGCUACACGGUGCAGCAGCUGACCGACAGCACGCAGAUCAAAACGGACAUUCUCGUUCAAGUUCUGCAGAUUUUGUUGAAAUCGAAGCUUCUGGUGAUGGAAGACGAGAACGCCAACGUGGACGAGAUGGACUUCAAACCCGACACCGUCAUCAAGCUCUUCCUCGGAUACAAGAAUAAGAAGCUGAGGGUGAACAUCAACGUGCCGAUGAAGACGGAGCAGAAGCAGGAGCAGGAGACGACUCACAAGAACAUCGAGGAGGAUCGGAAGCUCCUCAUUCAGGCCGCCAUAGUGAGGAUCAUGAAGAUGAGGAAGGUCCUGAAGCACCAGCAGCUUCUGGCUGAAGUGCUGAACCAGCUGUCGUCCCGAUUCAAACCCCGAGUCCCUGUGAUCAAGAAAUGCAUCGACAUCCUGAUCGAGAAAGAGUACCUGGAGCGAGUGGACGGGGAGAAGGACACGUACAGCUACCUGGCCUGAAU